UUUCCUCUUCUUGUCCUGAACCCAAACCCUGCGAAGCAAACGCGUUACUCGAUUUGGUCAUUCUUCCUACCCCCUCAAAAGCAUCAUUCCUCUUUGGGCAUCUGUCUUCACUUCCCCCAGAUAAUCCCCAUUACCUGCUUCUUGACUUUACUCUAUUCUUUUUUUUCCUCCCUUUCCUCGCCGUUCUACCCUUGUUCCACCAUGGCCGACAUCACUGCCGUCGGUGAGGAGAACCCUUCUCCUACCCAGGAUGACCUGCAGCAGGCCGCCGGUAACGGCGCCGCUGACAACCGCGGCACCAAGCGUUCUCGUAUGAGCGCCGACGACGACGACGAUGAUGAUGAUAAGCCCGGUCGCGAGCGCAGAAAGAUUGAAAUCAAGUUCAUUCAGGAUAAGUCGCGUCGCCACAUCACCUUCUCCAAGCGGAAGGCGGGUAUCAUGAAGAAGUCCAAUCCACCUCUUUCAUUCGCGUAUAAUUCAAUUGUCAUGUGCAUGGACCCUCCCCAAAUCGCUGACGAUUUCAUUGCGGUCGCAAAACAGGCAUACGAGCUGUCGGUCCUCACGGGUACCCAAGUGCUAUUGCUGGUCGUGUCUGAGACGGGUCUCGUCUAUACUUUCACCACCCCCAAGCUUCAGCCAUUGGUGACGAAGGCGGAGGGCAAGAACCUCAUCCAGGCCUGUCUCAAUGCCCCCGAUCCUACCACCAAUGAGAACGGUGUCGAGGCCGGUGAUGUGCCCACAGAGACACCAGAGGACGUCGCCGCCCACACCAAUGUUAAUGCCCAGCAGCAGAACAUCCCUCGCCCUGCGGGCAUGCACCCAGGUUACAUGACCAACGAACAGCAGCAGCAGAUGGCCUACUACCAAAACCUUCAGCAGCAACAGCAAGCUGGUGGGCAGUAUCCCGGAAUGCCCGUGGGCAACCGGAUGCCGCCCCAGCAUCAACCCACUGCAUAAACGGUGGUCUUGAUUCUGCGUAAUAUGUCCUCAGAAGGCGCGGGAUCCAGAUGUUUGUUGUUUCGCGUCUUCGUUAACUUCGACAUGUGCACCUCCGCACUCAUCGGCCUUCCUUUGAUACCCAGCGAAAUCUGAAUUCUCUUGCCCUGCAAUUGACGCUCUAAGCGCGGUUUCCGUCGUAUACCAGCAACCUAACCCGAACACCAAAGGUGCCCUAACUUGUAACCUGUGUAUAUCAUGAGCCGUUGAUUCAACGUUGAGGGGUCUGCGGCACUGUUCUCGUGCUCGCAAGAUUCCAUUCUAUUUAUUCCGAAGUCAUCCAAGACCAAGGGUUAAAACAUGAAAAGACAAAAAAAAAAUUCAGAAAAAAAAGUUCAACUGACGAUGAAACACGAAGGAUGCAAGCGCUUGGUUCUGGGCUCCGAAGCUAUUAAUUGUUUUCUUCACGUUCAUCUAAUUAUCUGCUAGACGACAAGUGGAGGUGGCGGUGUUACUGGUGCUUUUCAUCUCUUCUCUUUACUCCUGGCGAAGUGGUUUUACAGUGUUUUUUAUCCAUAAUUUGUGUUUCAACCCGCUUUGACUAAUUUUCGACUUAUUUUUAUCUAUUUCCCCCCUUUGCGUCGUGUGUGUUCCUUGCCUAUGUCCCGGUCAACACUGGUUGAUCCGACCAGUGAAAUUCGACUGCUCAGGGAGCAGUACCCCAGGACACGCAUAUAGGAAUCGGACACACGAAUCUUCUUGCUUUGAUUUGAUUGAGUAACUGAUGCGAUAUUAUUGGACUGGGUUUCCCUUCACCGGGUAGGAAGUAUGUCUCAUGUAUGGUACGGAGAAAAUUGGAGCUCUUUUUUUGCCUCAUUCUGUAACUGAACAAACAAGGGUACAAUACUCCUACGCA